CUACGUCGUUACGUCGCAGGCUUGGUAAUGGCAAGUGGUGGAAGGGGAAGAAGACGGCUCUGAAGUUUCUCGCCUUCCAGUUGUUAUUGUUGUUUAUUACAUUUCAAGCCGCCCGCUCCGUCUUCUGUCCCCGUACAGCUGCUCCUGUCUCCGCCUGAGCGAGAACGGACCCGGGGCUAAAAGUCCCGCACGGUUGUCGGUCGGUUUCGAAGUAACUGAAAUACGCCAGAAGUUUGGGCGACUUCAAGCGGAGAAACUAUGACGCACAAAGAGGACGAAUAUGAUUACCUGUUUAAAGUGGUGUUGAUCGGAGAUUCGGGUGUAGGGAAGAGUAACCUGCUGUCCCGCUUCACCCGCAACGAGUUCAACCUGGAGAGCAAGAGCACCAUCGGGGUGGAGUUCGCCACGCGCAGCAUCCAGGUGGAGGGGAAGACCAUCAAGGCUCAGAUCUGGGACACGGCUGGACAGGAGCGGUACCGAGCCAUCACCUCCGCGUACUACCGCGGGGCCGUCGGCGCGCUCCUGGUCUACGACAUCGCCAAACACCUGACGUACGAAAACGCCGAGCGCUGGCUGAAGGAGCUGCAGGACCACGCAGACAGCAACAUCGUCAUCAUGUUGGUGGGCAACAAGAGCGACCUGCGCCACCUGAGGGCCGUGCCCACCGAGGAGGCCAAGGGCUUUGCAGAGAAGAACGGCUUGUCUUUCCUGGAGACGUCUGCGUUAGACUCUUCUAACGUUGAACUGGCGUUUCAGACCAUCCUCACAGCCAUCUACAACAUCGUGUCCCAGAGGCAGAUGUCGGGACAGGGCAGCUCGGACUUCUCGCCGGCCUCCAACGUGGUUCCCAUCACAGUGGAGCCCACCCAGAGCUCGUCCAGUAAGGGCGCCUGCUGCCAGAACAACUGAGAGGCCGCCGCUGCCGCCCGCCUUCGUCUCCGGGGACAAACGGCCAGACAGAGACGUGGGGGGGGGGGGUGGA